AUGUGGAAACGAUUCCAGGGUCACGGGCGCGAGAAGGAGAGGUCUGCGCAGAUAGGCCACCCUGUGCUACUUGAAACGACCUACGACGAAGAGCAACUCAUGCGUAAUCCUAAUGUGGCCGAGUUAAAUUAUCGACUCAAUGCACCCUCUACCCAGCACCAUCAUUCUUCUUCACACGACUCUAAAGCCUCCAACAUCCCCACUGUUUCUUCAGUAUACUCUCGACCUUCAAACGACCUGUCCUACUACUACGACAAUCCUGCAGCAACAUCGCCUUCCGCAUACGAAGACAUAUCACCAUCAAGCUCACCAGAACCGGAGCACAACUCUAGCCUACCACGAAGAUACCGCUCGAUGCGUGACGUUUCACCGAUGGAUGAGAACAGGGGUGCCACGCGUGCGAACAGCAACAUACCUGUGCUGCGCAAAGCACCGAUUGCAGUUCAGAUAGGCGAAGUCAAGCCUACAUCGCAGAAAUUCUGGGGAGGCAAGGUGGCGCCGAACAGCAAAGUGAGAUGGGACGAGUACUCUGGCGAGCCGACAUCGAGCAACGCAGGCAGGUCCGGCUCUGUAAACCCACUCGCAUUCGCGAAAGAGAGUCUGCGGCCAAUGGGCUACCAAGUGUCAGUGUCAGGGCCCGAGAGCAAAAAGAAGAACACCAGCUUUACAGAUCGCGUUCCACGAUUCGGAGCGAGGCCACAGCCAACCGAGCCAACGCAAGCUCCAGAGCCUUGGAGUCGCGCAACGGGCCGAGCGGAGAUCGCGCGACCUCUCAAGGAUGAAUCUGCACGUCAACCGCUCCAGAUCCCGAGAAAGCCAUCUACUCGAAAGGUGGAAGGACUUGGUCUGGACAUGUCAAACGUUGUUGCGACAACCACUAACCGCGUUGCGUUGGCAGCUGACGCUUGCCUUGUCGCAAAUAACCCCAGUACCUUUGGCGCACAUGACGAACCCAUCAAACCCAUCGCUCCCCUCAAAGUUGGCCGGAAAUCUCCCACUUACAAUAUGGCUUCACCCACCACUCCUCAGAACCAUGGUCUUGGUAUCACAGACCCGUACUCGUAUCCUAGUCCUGUUACACCGCCAAACAACGAGCAAGCGCUGUCUUCCUUUGCGACUACUGACAUCAAGAGCGAGGUCUCUGACACAGAGUCGUGGGAGCGGAGCAUUACGCCAAAGCAGAGCACGGUCUGGAACAAACCGACAGAGCAAACACCAGAACCGGACAAGGAAGCUUCGUACAGUCGCUUCUCGUGGACAACCUACAAUACUACCACAACAUACCAACACUCUCCGCCACCGUCUCCUCCACAGCCAAUGCCAGCUCUAGACGAUAUUACCAAACCACGAGUGGUGACCGAUUCUUCGGUUCUGAACCGCCGUCGUCCCAUCCCGCAGGCGGACAAAAUCCCAGAUCCACCAACUGCUCGCAAACCGGUUCCCAGGGCUAGGUCUCCAGUUGGCGCGAAAACUCGCCUGGGGAUGCUCGCUACCACAACCUCUCCUCGCCAAGGCUCUUCGUGCUCGACGUCGACGACAGGUACACAGAAGGCACUGCCGCAGCCACCAACUACUCUGACUGCAACUGAUCAUGUGUCACUGCUCGAAUCUCAGGUCGAGGAUAUCCGAGUUCGUCGUGUGAAUGUGUACAAGGUGUUGAACGAUCUCAAGUCUGCCGCGCCUUCAAAUCCCAUGUUGACGGACUUCAAGACCGCAAGAUUGGUAGAGCAAAAGAAGAAGACGCUCGAGGAUGAGCUGGCGGAGCUCAAGAUCGAGGAGCACGAUGUUGGCCUGAAGUUGCACCGCGCCUUGCGCAAGAGGGAGAGGGAGGACCCUCACUCUGGCUCGGCGCUGUGGGUCAGGAGGGUCACGGGGUGA